AUGAAGCGUCUAUCCAUUGAUCCCCGUCAGAACAUCCCCCCAAUUCGGGAUUCGCCUGCUACUGCACUCCCAGCAAGUCUUCCGGAGGCGAAAAACAUCAAGACUAACCCUGCCCGAGCCGGAGAAGGAAAUGCAUCGGUUUACUUUGUUGGAAAUGCUACGACGAUCUUAGAUCAUUUUGAUGAAAAAGUCGAGGCAUCUCUUCGGCGAGACCUGCCCAUCAUCACCACCAGCCAUGCCAAGUCCAUAUUGACGUCCAAGGGAGCAGACUCCUUUCAGCAAGUGUUCGAUCUCGAGCCAUUCGAGCAGAUGAUGGUCAAUAUCAAAGGCGACAGCUCGCGAACCAAACACCCGCACAUCCGAGUCACUGGAAUGCCAGGCAAACACAUCCCGACCAACAAGGUCGUGGAGAAAUUGAACGAGUUCGCGGCGGCAAUUCCCCCCACCAACGGAUGGAUGGUUGAAUUAGGCUAUGGCAGCACUCAGACUAUGCAAACCGAUUUCGAGGUCGGCUAUCGCAUCUACAUCUCCGGCGACACGCUGAUGGUGGAUGAACUCAAGGAGAUUCCGCGGCGGUUCGAGGGCCAGAAGAUCGACCUGAUGCUUAUCCAUCUUGGAGGCACGACGGUACCUCAUCCGAAGAUGUGGCCGCUGACCAUGAUGGUGACGAUGGAUGCGAAACAGGGCGUGGAGCUGGUGCGCCUGAUCAAGCCUGAUCUGACCAUUCCGAUCCACUUUGAUGAUUACGAUGUGUUUGCGAGCUCGCUGGAGGACUUCAAGAUUGAGAUGCAGAAGGCGGGAUUGGGAGGACAAGUGGUGUAUUUGGAUCGCAAAGAGGCUUAUCGCUUCCAAGUGAGAGCGACCUGA